AUGGAUCCGCAGGUGACUUCGAACCUUAAUUGGCCACUGGUAAAGCUGCUGGCCCCGUGGAUUUUGGGUUCGAUAGUGUGCGUCUACGUGACCGCCCCCGUCCUUGACUGGUUCAGGAUGUGGAAGACACUGAGGCCCAUGCCCGGCCCUUGGAACCUUCCGCCCUUCGGGUUUUUGUUUGUACUCAUAAAAGAUAGCUUCAAAAAGGAGGUAGAGCAUAAGGAAGCCACCGCAAAAAUAUUCAGCCUGAUAUGUGAUACUUGCAAAAAGUACACGGACAAAACCUUCAAGGUGUACAUCGGCCUCACUCCCGUGGUGGUGAUUCAUACUCCAGAUGCGGCCGAGACGCUACUUACAAGUAACACCAACCAGAAGAGGCCGUUCAUGUACAACUUCAUUGAUUCCUGGGUGGGACAAUUCAACAUUCUAGUUUCGACUGACGAGGUGUGGCGCUUCAAGAGGAAGCUGAUGACUCCUGCCUUUCAUUUUCGCGUGCUAAAGAACUACAUGCGCAUCUUCAACGAGCAUGGCGAUGGUCUGCUUAAGAACAUCUGCGCAGCGAUCGACAAAGCGCCCGAAGAUCCUGUCCGGCUCUUCGAGACCACCCAGAAAUGCGCCAUGGACAUCAUCGGAGAGGUCACGACGGGAGAAAAACUAGGGCUGCAGGAAAACAAAAACUUGAGCUUUAUGGAGUCUUUUAACCGCGCAAUGUUCCUCCUUUCCACGCGAUCCUUCAGUCCGUGGUUCUGGAAUCAAACGAUUUACGACAAUUCAAGCGAUGGAAAACACUACAACGGUGACAUUCGAGAAAUGAUGGAAUUCACACACUCGAUCAUGCAACAAAACUCAAAAUUAUCAGACGAGAGAAUAAUUUCAAAAUGUUUACCACACCACAAUGAGCUCGAUUUCUCUGUGAAGAACAACACGCUGAUGGAUCUACUAAUGAAGAAACAUCGCGAGGAUAAGAGAUACACUCUGAGUGACGUCAGAAUGGACAUCGACAGCAUUAUCGGCGCGGGAAACGAUUCGACAACGACUGCCAUGUGCUGGACGUUGAAUCUUCUUGGCCAUAAUACUGACGCUCAGGCCAAGGUUCACGAGGAGCUUGACGAAAUAUUUGGCAGCAAUAAUGACGGCGAGAUUAGUGCGGACGACCUCAGAAGAAUGAAGUAUCUGGAAUGCUGUUUGAAGGAGGCCCUGAGACUGUAUCCCUCCUUCUGCGUAAUUGGAAGAUUACUCGACGAGGAUCUAAUAAUGGACGGUCACAGGGUACCAAAAGGCGUAACGUGCUUCGUUAACAUAUACAGCCUUCACCGCAAUCCAAAAUAUUUCAAAGAUCCUGAGCAGUUUCUCCCCGAAAGGUUCCUUUCUGACGAGAACAAAAGCCGGCACCGGUUCAGCUACAUUCCCUUUUCUGGAGGCCCCAAAAACUGCAUCGGGCAGAAAUUUGCCAUGAUAGAGAUGAAACUAAUAUUGGCGAAGGUGCUUCGGAAGUGCGAAGUCAAAUCCAAGAUUCCGCUUGAUCGACUCAAAGUUGCCUACGAAGUCAUCAUUAAGGACAAAGGCGGUAACAAAAUCUGGAUUCGAAGAAGAACAGCAUUCUGCUCGACUCUGCAAUGA